GGAGGGGAGCGGAGUGAGCCCGAAGGGCGACCGGAGCGGGUAGACACAAAAGAGUUGUAGUGCACAGGAAAAACAAUCAGAAAAGAUGGAGAACCAGUAGGCACUUUACAGAAUGAGUUAUGCUGAAAAGCCUGAGGAAAUUUCCAAAGAUGAGUGGAUGGAAAAGCUCAACAAUCUGCAUAUCCAGAGAGCAGACAUGAACAGACUCAUUAUGAACUAUCUGGUAACAGAGGGAUUCAAAGAGGCGGCAGAAAAAUUCCGGAUGGAAUCUGGGAUUGAGCCUAAUGUUGACUUGGAGUCUCUGGAUGAGCGGAUAAAAAUUCGAGAGAUGAUUCUGAAAGGACAGAUCCAAGAAGCCAUUGCACUGAUAAACAGCCUUCAUCCUGAGCUACUGGACACUAAUCGUUAUCUAUACUUCCAUCUUCAGCAACAGCAUCUGAUCGAACUAAUUCGCCAGCGUGAAACCGAAGCAGCCUUGGAGUUUGCCCAGACACAACUAGCUGAGCAAGGAGAGGAGAGUCGGGAGUGCCUGACUGAAAUGGAAAGGACAUUGGCUCUUCUUGCCUUUGACAACCCUGAGGAGUCUCCGUUUGGAGAUCUGCUUAACAUGAUGCAGAGGCAAAAGGUAUGGAGUGAAGUCAACCAAGCUAUCUUGGAUUAUGAAAACCGUGAAUCUACUCCCAAGCUGGCUAAGUUACUUAAACUCCUGUUAUGGGCACAGAAUGAACUUGACCAGAAGAAAGUAAAAUACCCCAAAAUGACAGACCUCAGUAAGGGAACAAUUGAGGAUCCUAAAUAAACAGCUGCAGAAAAAGAAAACACAAAGACAACUUUGUGCACAUAGUUCCAGGCAGCAUUGGAGCUCUUUUCCUGAUGUAGUACCCUCUAUUUCUAUCUGCCUCUGACUAGAAGGUUUCAUCAAGUUAAGAGGACUUGAUUGCAGACUGCAAAGGAAUCCUUUGCAUAGGAGGAACAGCAUCUUUUAUAUUGCUAAAAGCACACUGGUACCCCUAUUGAAGUCUUGUCUGAGGUUGCAUACUAUACCAAAAACAUAAAUAUGCCCCCAUCUCCGUGAGUGAAAAGAUGUACAUCUUAGGCUACUGUGCUUUUUAUUUAAAGACUGUCUAUUUUAGAUUUAACCAGAGUAUUAAAGCAAUUCCCAAAGUUGUCUGACUUUGAACUGUAAAUUGUUGUAUUAGUCAAAAUUAACCAAGCAUGUUGGAAUUCUAGUUGAAAGAAGUUUCACACCUCUGCAGUUCUUGUGGCAUUCUAUAACUGGCCUUUGGAAAGUACAUGUGCCAGGGACUCACUAACUAAAUUAAGAACUGUAGCAAGUUCUCAGUGACAGGUGUCUCUCCUCAGCACCAGAGAAUAUGGCAACUUGUUCCAUGAGCCCGGAGCUCUCUUACCAUAGGAAGGGUCUUCAGUGUAGUAGUACUGCAAGCAUUUAUAUUGGCUGGGGAACGGAGCCAUAACUAACUGUGAAACUUGUUUUUUUUCGGUUGUAAUUUGUGUUAUGGUAUCUUAUUACAACAGUCUUUGUUCUGGGACACUUUAUUUUGUUGUGGAAAAGGACACUGUUCCCUUUUAUCCCUUAAUUUAUUUUCCUGUACAGGCUAAUGUUGAAUUUUCUACCUUUGGUCAUGGUGCACUGAGCAUGAACCCUUGUGGAGUACAGCUGUGUCUUGAAAUGGUGGCCAAUGUUUUUAAAAGCUUCUGGCCAUUUUUGGUUUAGGGAAGAAGUGUACUUAAGUUAGUAUAGGUAUAGAGCAGAUUUUUAUACUAUGUAAAUAAAUAAUUCCAAGGCAUUCUGA